AUGGGAGACAAUCCAUCCAACGGCGCCUCUGGGGCCACAAACGGCGCAAACAAGUUCUUCGAGGAUUUCGGUGUCUGGAAAGAUGCCCCCGUCCUUACCGGGAGCACAAAGUUCGAGCCCUUGCCAGAUGUCAAGAAUAUUAUGAUCACUGGAGGUGCCGGCUUCAUUGCCUGCUGGUUGGUGCGACAUUUGACGUUAACCUACCCCAAUGCCUACAAUAUCGUGUCUUUUGACAAGCUCGACUACUGUGCGUCGCUGAACAAUACCCGCGUGCUCAACGACAAGCGGAAUUUCACUUUUUACCAUGGCGACAUUACAAACCCUUCCGAAGUCAUGGACUGCCUCGAGAGACAUAAUAUUGAUACCGUCUUCCACUUUGCUGCUCAAUCCCAUGUCGACUUGAGCUUCGGAAACUCUUAUGCUUUCACCCACACCAACGUGUACGGCACACACGUUCUCCUCGAGAGUGCCAAGAAGGUGGGCAUCAAGAAGUUCAUCCACAUCUCCACAGAUGAGGUCUAUGGAGAGGUGAGAGAUGAUGCCGACGACCUGUUGGAGACCAGCAUUUUGGCCCCUACCAACCCAUACGCUGCAAGCAAGGCCGCGGCAGAGAUGCUUGUCCACUCAUACCAAAAAUCCUUCAAGCUUCCCGUGAUCAUUGUGCGCAGCAACAACGUCUACGGCCCUCAUCAAUACCCCGAGAAAAUCAUUCCCAAGUUCAGCUUGCUGCUACACAGACGCCAGCCAGUCGUUCUCCACGGAGAUGGUACCCCAACCAGAAGAUACCUCUUCGCCGGAGAUGCUGCGGAUGCCUUCGAUACCAUUCUCCACAAGGGUCAAAUGGACCAAAUCUACAACGUCGGAUCAUACGAUGAGAUCUCCAACUUGACACUUUGCUCGAAGCUCCUCACUUACCUGGACAUCCCCCACUCCACCCAAGAAGAGCUCCACAAAUGGGUCAAGCACACAAUUGACCGUCCCUUCAACGACCACCGUUACGCUGUCGACGGCACCAAGCUUAGACAAUUAGGCUGGGAUCAAAAGACGAGCUUCGAGCAGGGAAUGUCAAUCACAGUGGACUGGUACAAGCGGUUCGGCGAGAAAUGGUGGGGCGAUAUCACCAAGGUCCUCACUCCCUUCCCAACCGUUACUGGCACAGAUGUUGUUGCCGGCCACGAGACCGUAGAGGACAUCGACGAGGCGAUGGUCGUCGACUCUAAUGACCAGAUGACGCUUGGCAAGAAGCGGAAGAUUGACGGAGCUGGUGCGCAGGCCGUGCAAUCGGUGCAGGCCUAG